AUGUCUUCUUCUCCACCACCAGCCUCUCCGCCUCCAACCGAUUCCACCGCCGCACCGGCUCCGCCUUCAUCCACCGGAACAUCUUCCAAUCCGUCCAAACUUCUUCCACUGCCACCAGUACGCUCUGCGGAAUACAUUCCAGACAAGGCUGAGUACGAAACCGAAGAAGAAGAACUCGUCAACUUGGGAGUGUUCGAGUUUAGAGGAGCAUCGUACCGAAUCAAGAAGAUGCUCGGCGAAGGUACAUAUGGAAAAGUCGCUCUCGUUGCCGCGGAGAGUCGAAAGCUGUUUGCCGCCAAGUUCUUUGUCAAAGACAAUAAGGACGCUGAAGACAACGAUGAAUCGAUAGGAGUCGAGGAGCGUGUAAGUUGA